UCCGCCGCCACCCAGGCAUGGCCGCCGCCGUCGCGCUCCUGGUGGCCCUGCUGCUUUCUUGCUGGGGCAGGCUGCUGGGGCGUAAAAAGACAUCCUGCCUAUCCUCACAGACCAACGGGGACAGGUGUUCUCAUCACUCUGAAUGCUUCAGUGACUGCUGCCUCAUGGACUUAAACCUCGGGGGAGCCUUCUGUGCUGCCAAGGCCAGAAAAAACAUGGCGUGCCUGCCCCAGACCAAGGGAGCCACCAACAUCAUCUGCCCCUGCAAAAUGGGCUUGACCUGCUCAUCCAAGGACAUGAUGUGUCCCCGCCGGUGCCACUUGAUUUAGAGGAGGAUGCAGGCUGGUCAGGUCCUUGGGGCCAGAGGCCCUGGGCACCCCCAUCUUGCUCCAAAUUCAGCUCCUGAGACAUUAAAGUCACUU